AAAUCAGAAUUCCCAAGAUGCUUCUGCACGGUCGUGGUCGCUCAAAAUAUGCUCAAUAGGUUUCCCUGCUUAAAGAAUGCAGGCAGGCAUGCAUCACUGGCUGCCCUAUUUCUGUCUGCAUCAUAGGCAUUGAGGUGGCUGUUUACAAUACCAACCAAGACGAUGCGUCAAAGGUUGCUCUGAUUCUUACCAUCGGCUUUCCGAAGUCUGUGUACCCGGACUACUAGAGUAUUAUUUGGAUGCCUCUUUUUGUCGCUUCAAGACUGUCUCACAUCCCGAAGCAUACUUGCGCAGCACACCGGCAGAAAACCCAUAAAACUGCCCCUGAAAGUUUACUGCCGCUUAAGGCUGCCGGAACCGAGGAUGGAGUCGCUACUUUGAUUCCUCCACCUUGUUACCGCCAUGACGAAACGCGAACUCGGGUGCUUCAUCCCCACACCACCUUUUCCGGCCGCUUUUGCUGCUCAAAUACCCACUGGCCAACAAGACACUCUUCUUUUCACCCUCCUGCAGGACAUACAAUGAAGUUUCGCAACGUCCGCGACAUUCUCAGGCAUAAGCGCAUUUCCUCGCGCAGCUCCGAUGUCGUUGCUAUGGAACCGCCUGUAUUCCCGCUCGAGAUCUUCGAACUAAUCAUCGACAACAUCGUCGGGGUUGAGGUACUCCGUACGUGUGCGCUCGUUUGCAGGUCAUGGCGCCUUCAUGCACGCCGGAACAUCUUCCGCGUCGUUUCAUUGCACGAGAACAAGUGCAAGGGCGUUUUCGAGGACGAGAAGGGCGCCGCACGUUUACACUUGCAAUGGAGACGGGUGCGAGUCGCUUGCCUGGCUUCUCUAAUCCAAGAUGUCUCCAUUGCAUGGGAGUUUUCUGGUACACUCGUCCCAUGCUCGUUCUCAUUCACUCGGCUGAAAAGACUCAAGUUGUAUUCCUCGGACGUAGCAUACUGCUACCCAGGCGCCCAUGAGAUCCGGUCCGCCUCCCAGCUGCUCCACGCACUGCCAAUAACGCACCUCGAGAUAUCUGCAUCGUAUUUCGCCACUUUCCGGCUUUUCCUGUCCCUAUGGGAUACCGCUUACCCUUCAUUGAAACACUUGAAGAUAUCAUUGAUAUCAAUACAGGACAUGCACAGCAGGUUCCGGUCAGUCAUAAUCGACCAAGCGAGCGAGAUCAUGAGGUCGUACGACACAGUUCAUGCCAGCGAGCACACGAUGCUCGAGUCACUUGAGCUCUGGGAGAAUAUGCCUUGCGCCAGUGCUAUCGCCGUCUUCCUCCUCCACCCAAACUGCCCCAUCCGUAUUAGCAAACUGAAGACUCUGAAAUUGCAUUCCGAUCCUAUCACCGGUCAUGGACUGGCAUCCAUACUCGUUCCCAUCGUACCAUCCUCCCUUCCUCACCUCGUCAUCUCUUGCUCGGACAGUGAUCUGUGUGUCGAUACGCAGCGUUCACCGGCUUUGAGGCGUCUAACCCUGACUGUUGCGCUCACCGCUGAGGCCCUGCUCAGGGUCGCGCAGAUCAUUAACAAUGAUCUUCUAACGUUGGAACAUCUGAUAUUGAGGAUCCGGCAGCCGUGGGAGGCACACGAGCAUUUCCACCGAAGGGCCUGUCGUGUGUUGGAUCUGUGUCUUGCGCGGUGUUCAAUACGGCAGGUAGAUGUGGAAUCGAAGAUGAGAGCUGGUGAUCUGAAGGUCUUGCUGCCUUUGAGCGCUGAGCGCAGUAACAUCAGGAUGCUAUCCCCCCCGUGUAUUGUCAUUGGGUGACGCGUAAUUUACGUGGCGUAUCCUUAUGAUCUGGGAUAACCACUGGGAGAACUAUCUGAUUCAGUGCUAUUUAAUAUGUAUAUACCAGAAAUCUUACGCGUAUCUUGGCAGAUGAGAUGAUGGUUUUAUUAAGAGUGGUUGCACGCCCCGAAUAUCCCGACCAAGCCCCCUUCCAAGCAAUCACGAUGGUCCAUCUGCUCGUUCUACGACUUCCACAAGCUCAGCAGUCACUGUCAUCAUCCUCACUUCCACCAUCAUC